CGCAGCCUACAUAAACAGUUUCGGGUGAGUCAGAAAAGUGGGAUAGUUAUUCCUAAACUAAACCACUACAACUUUGCCAAAGUUCACACAUUUAACACAGUUGCAAAAAAAAGAAAGAAAGAAAGAAAAUGACUAACGACAUAUCUAAAAAGAAAGGAAAGAGUUCGAGUGAGAAAAAGGCGAAAAGAAAGGCUAAAAGGAGAGAGACUUACGCGAUGUACAUCUAUAAAGUUCUGAAACAGGUCCAUCCGGAUACGGGGAUUUCGAGCAGAGCCAUGAGCAUCAUGAACUCCUUCGUGAACGACCUGUUCGAGAGGAUCGCCACUGAAGCGUCCCGGCUGGCUCAGUACAACAAGCGCUCCACCAUCACCAGCAGAGAGGUGCAGACCGCGGUGAGGCUGCUGCUGCCCGGGGAGCUGGCCAAACACGCCGUGUCCGAGGGGACCAAAGCGGUCACAAAGUACACCAGCUCCAAAUGAAGACUUCAACACACUCCGAACAGUUAUGACAAAUAUGUGCAUGAGUGGCUUUCUGUUAGCCGGUGGAUUUCAAGAUUUCUUUAAGUGCAUAAAGAUUUUUAUUUUUUUUGGUUCCAUGG